CAUUACAGCACUUAUACCAAGCCCAUGGAGUCCAGCAAGGGUCCCGACUUAGUUAUUUGGAGCAGUUUUGAGACCGAGGAUGGACCACUCCCAACGUAUGAGCUGAUUACCGCGGCCAUCAUCCAAGAAUAUGUCCCGAUGGCGCCUAUCUCCUCUCAAUGCACCCAGAAGGCAACAUAGGAUGUGACCAAAUCGUCCGAACAAUCAUCGACUAUCCAAACAUCGAGAUAUUGAAAUUUCUUCAGUCGCACACACCUAGCAUCGUCAAUUUUGAAUUCAAUCCAUUGCAAACGUUCUUAACAGAAGCCUGUCGCGGAGGCUGGCAAUAUGGUUCCCCUGCAAGCGACAAGACAUUACCGCUCAUCCAUUAUCUUUUGGACAAUGGGGCUGAUCCAAAAGAGGGUUCUUGGAAUGGUUAUGGUGCUCUCUACUCCGCACUGGAGUUUUCGCGGUCUCUGGAGACCAUGAACAAGAUGAUUCAUAAGGGAGCCGUGGUAGGUAUUCUUGUUUUUGAUGAGGCAAUCAGGAAGCAACGUCUUGAUUCUCUUCAACUGUUUUUCGAGAAGGCAACAUUUUCCCUCCCUAUUGAGGAGAUGCUGGAACAAGCACGGAACUCGGGGAGUAAGGAAAUCAUGUCUUUGGUCGAAGCCGGGGUUGCGGAGCUGAAGAAGCGAAAACAGCCGAAAUGGUGGCAGUUUUGGAAGUAGAGGAAUUGAGUUUCUCGGAAAUGUAUUCCGGACAUCUUGUGGAAUCGACAUUUUGUUAUAUAGACUGGAAAUACUCACUAUAGUACUCGAUAACUUAUAAGAGUCACCAUGAUGGAAGACAUCCAUUAUAUUGCCCAGUGGACAAUGGAUAUAAAUAGCAUUGGCUGCUCAGUUGAGAUGCGUUUCCCAACUACUCCUCCCUUCAAAAACAGACAGCAAACACAGACAACGACAAUCGAACCAUGCAGAUGA